AAGCUUUUACCAGCAAUGAACUCGCACAUUUAAUCACUAGAAUGCCCAAUGCCUUGCUGCUUACUCAUCGUUACAUAAUUGAUCGAGAUCGACCUCCACUCUGUGACCUAUGCCACUGUGAACUGGAUGUCACACAUUUUUUGAUAGUGUGUCCUAAGUAUCGUCGAGAACGACAACAGCUAGCUACAGCUUGCUUGCUACAUGACGUGAGAAUGGAUGUUCGGUCGCUGUUGGGUGAUAAAACGCCAGCGCUACUUGAUGCAGUGUUCCAAUAUCUUAAGGAUUGUCGCCUGUUUACGAUGUUGUGAUCGACGAGUUGUCACCAUGCACUGUUGCUUAUCAUGUCUUGUUCCUCAUGUUUUCCCCCGAUUGUUGUCUAGAUGCCACGGUAUGGUUGGCUACCCCAACUUAGCAUAUACCUACUAAGUAUCACUUGAUCAUGUAGAUGCUUUCACUAACAAAGUUUUUUUUACAGAAGUCUGGAGGCGUAGAUAGCUUAGAAUACAGUUGGUGAUUAACCAAACUAACUUAAACGUCUACUGUCCUCGCCAAUCACCUGUCCCUGCUGAAAUUCCUACCCUGCGAUAACCAUCCUUUAACCCUUUCACCGCUUAGUUUACCCUGCUUAGUUUCCCAAUCUUCCCAACGAAGAUGAGUGCAAGUAUGUGAACUUCACAAAUCAAGACGUUGGACGCAAGAGCCUCGCCGCUAAGCGCCCUAAACCACAACAGCAACCAACAUUUGGACAAAACUGCAUUUUGACUUGUUCAUCUUAUUUUCAAACUAAAAAUGUCUUACUUUUGCUGCAUGCGGUAAUAGGAUGAUGUUGGAAUAAGUUUGUGCUAAACGGGUGCAGUCAGAACUCUGGUGACUGGGGCAAGAGGUGUUUGUGAUGGGCUGGGCCUUCCAGCGAAAUCGGCCCCCUCAAACAAAGUUGGCCCCUUACCCAACCAACAACAAAAAGUUGCUGUUCUGCCGAACAUUCUUGAAAAAUCGCAAAACCUUGGGAAUAAUCAUAAGCUAUGUUUCCAUGACACAAGUUAAGGCGAUUUUUCACAAUAGAUUUGCUCCAUCAUAGCAUUUAGGCGGUAUUAAAAAUGUAUACAUUGGAUUAGGGGUGAAAUUUUAGCUCAAUCCAUGCAACUUGACAAGAAAACAGUAAUGAUAAAAUUAACUUGUCAUAUAUUAUUACACCAAAGUUAUUAAAAAGUGGCAAAAUUAUUGCGGCAAAACAUUUCUAUUUUGAUGGUUUUGCCCUCUGUUGCGAAACCGUUAACAUGAGGUCAGUAGCGGCAGAACUCCUUCAAUUAAGGGGGGCACUGCCGACUUUUGGUCCCAUUCUUUCUGUGCAAUGCCCAUAGGAUUAGGGCUAAUGUUAAAAUGCCAAAUUCAAAGGGUGGCACUGUGCCCUGGUGCCCUCCCCGUUCCGCCGCCUAUGCAUGAGGCAUUGAGGUCAAAUUUAAUGACAUGAAAGCGAAAGGGGUUUGAAAGUCCUGUCGAAUGAGUUGUUAUCUAAAUCUCUAAAGCGAAUCUCUAGCUUUAUUGUUUUACGAGUUAUAACUUAUACCUAUGCUUAUUUAUGAAAAAUGUAAAAAACAUGAAUUUAUUUGUCAUAAUUUCGUCAUUCGUCAGAAUUUAUUCACAUAAAUCGGAUUUUGUCCCUCAUCUCGAAAAUGGGCCCUCUAAUACCGCAACUGGGCCCUUUCUCACCCCUUUCACCCCUCCCCCUGGCUGCGCCACUGGUGCUAAAUUUGAAUUCAAAGAGCAAAGUGAAGUCUCAUGCUAAUAGUUUAUUCUGUUUAUGUGACUGUUAUAUGUAAAUUGUGUGACACCUAGACCGUAGUCAUGUUAGUUACAUGGUGUAGAUUUAGAUGUGACAUGAGUGUGAUUGUGAUCUGAUUACUAUGAUAUGUUUCAGCAUUAUCAUUUAUUAGCUACACAGUACUCGUAUAGCACGUGCUGAACUGGAGACAGGCUGGAAUCUGAAUCAUGGAAAUGUACACUAAGACGGCACGCCUAAACAUGGAGCACGGUUUCGUAAAAUUUGUCGUUAGAAACCAGCUAGACAGGGAUAGAUACGAUCAGGAGAUGAAAGAGAAGAUGGACCAGAGGUCGUCGCAGACGGUGCCGGCGCGGAGGACGCGCCGAGUCCCCCGACGUCCGGACCGUGCUGUCUAUACUCCGCCGGUGGCGCGGAAGCCGGCCGUGCCGCCUCGCGCCGUGCUCUUCAGACUGGAGUACUGCGACACCAGCAGCGGAGCGGUGCGCCACGAGUCCUUCUUGGAAGGCACAGACCUGGCCGAGUUCUGCGCCUCGUUCGCCAAGAAGGCCGGCCUGGACGAGCAGCGGCAGCGGGCUCUUCUGGAGCGUCUGCAGAAGGAAGUGGGGCAGGACGAGUCAGAAACGCUCCAGUGAGAGCAGAGGGGCACUGGUAUGCACGUGAGGGAUGGCGGCAGGGACGGAGGACGUGAUCUCAUAGGAAGGCUAGACAGCCGACGGUAAGAUAGUGCUAUGCCCAUGGUGGCUUGGGAUGACGGUGUUGAGGGCACGACCGUUUGGUGGGAGCCCGUUCUGUCGGUAUCUGAGCGUACGCGGUGCUAAGCGCUCUGUAGCGGACAUUUUUUCCGAUGAAUGACUGUGAUUGUGGUCCAAUAUUGGCGGCGGGGGCUUGCUCUGGUUUCCUGUGCGGUAGCAGAAGCAGCAGAUCAUGCUAGUCAAGUCCUUCGUUUUCGUUUCUCACGUUGUGUUAGCCCUGCAGUGUGUAACAGAUGGUCCGUGAGACCGAUUCGGGCGAUGUCGACAGGGGACGACGUACCAGCGGAAGUCAUAUCGUUCAGUACUGCCGUGUGUCACAUGCGAGGAGCGCGCAGAGGCACACAGUUUUAUCAUGGUUAAUGAGUGGGUGUGCAUGGUUUUCUACUAGCCCAAAGCCUAGAGAAGUUUAAUUGAAGUUGGUCUGGUGCUUUACAUGAACGUAGACAGAACUCACGACAAUGCAGAGAGGCAGGAAGGCUUAUGUAAACGUCGCGUUAGGCUGUUGGACUCAGAGUGAUCAAAUUAUCAUGCGACCUCUAUAACUCAGGUACAGGCAUCCUCACUACUCACAUUGUGUGCAGAUGUGCUCCACUACUUGAGGCUUUAGGGUUGCUUCCACAAAGUGGAUGAAAAGGUGAACACCUUUCUGGUCAUCUGACUGCAUGUCAAGUGUGUUGUGUCUUAUCUACAAAUACAUGACAUUUCUAUUC